GAGCCUUUGGUGAAGGGAAUCAGCCGCAGUUCCUUCCAGCUCUCAUGUCUCGAAGUAGCUCGUACUGGAACAUGGAGAGAGGCUUCUCGUUACUGCUCUUUGUGGCCUUUGCGGUUCAGUGGAGUGUGGCUCAAUCUCCACCAUCAAAUCCAGUGAUAAGUCUUGAUCAACAGACCGGGGUUUAUGUUGUCGGAGAGAGGGUCACCAUUACCUGCACUGUGACUGGAGAUGAUCGUGAUAAAACCUUCCAGUUUUACAGAGGGCACCGGAUACUCUCCUCCUCACAGCUCUUCUCAAAGAACAACAUUGGAACAGCUCAUGUUAUCGCUGGAACAAAUGGAGAUCAAUACAGCUGCGCAUAUAGCGUUUCUGUCAACGGUAGGCGGAUAGAUUCCCCGAUGAGCCAGCAUGUGAUGGUGACUAUAACAGAUCGGCUAAGAAAGCCAAGGAUAAAUCUUAAUCAAUGGACAGGGGUGUAUGUAAUAGGAGAGACGGUCGACAUGACAUGCACUGUAACUGGAGAUGAUCGGUCGAAAACGUUCUCUUUUUACAAAGAUGAUGCACUGCAGAACCCUUGGGAAAUUGACACAGAAGGCAAUAUGAGAACAUUCCCGGCUGCUGUUGAAAGUAGCGAAGGCCUAUACCAAUGUGAAUAUACAAUUUCCAUCAGAGGUCGGCAUUUAACAUCCCCAAAGAGCGAGGCUAUGACCUUGACGACCACAGAUCCGCUAAAAUCCCCAGUGAUAUCUCUUGAUCAAACCUCAGGGGUGUAUAAAGCAGGAGAGAGGAUCACCAUGACCUGUACCGAGACUGGAGAUAAUCGCGAGAAAACGUUUUAUUUUUUUAUUGUGCGUCAUCAACUGCGACUUAGUCCAACUAAACCACAUAGCAACACGUUAACAUUCCAGAAUUCCCGUCCAAGCCACAGCGGACAAUACCAAUGUCAAUACAGAGUUACCGUCCAGAACAGGCAGUUCUACCUCAAACAGAGUCAGGCUGUAAAGGUAGCUAUAGCAGAUCCGCUAAAAACCCCAGUGAUAUCUCUUGAUCAAACUACAGGGGUGUAUACAGUAGGAGAGAGGAUCACCAUGACCUGUACCGUGACUGGAGAUAAUCGCGAGAAAACGUUUUAUUUUUAUAAUGGACAUCAACAGCUCUCAGCUAGUCCAAUCAUCAGAAAUACCAACACUUUGACAUUCCAGAAUUCCCGUCCAAGGCUCAGCGGACAAUAUCAAUGUCAAUACAGAGUUACCUUCCAGAGCAGGCAGUUCGAUUCCAAACAGAGCCAGGCAGUAACGGUGACUAUAGCAGAAAAGAAACAUGUUGCCCUGGCUGUUGGUGUCGCUUCUGCUGUGGGCCUGAUUCUUCUCCUUGCUCUCUUGAGUGUCUGCCUCUGGACGAAAGGAAAGAAGCAAAGCAAUAUGGAAAACAGGAAUGCGGUGCCCCCUGGAGACCUAAUCAACGAAAAUCUUACAUGUGAGUUCAGAUAAAUAUUCCGACAGCCAUCAUUGUCCUAUGUGUUCAGAGUGUCAGCGUCAGCGAGACACCGGCCAAGACCAGAGUGAGGACUUCACCAUCUACGCAGGGGUGAAGCUGUAGAACAAUUCCAGGAAUCCCGGCCCCACAGCGAGAAGUCCAGCGCCGAUCAGCCCAAUGACCAUGAACAUGUCUCCCAUUUCACUAUUAUGCAAGGAAACCCUUUGUUUACGAGAGCUUUCCUGAGGACCGGAAGCUACUAGCGAAGCACUGCCUCACUCCUGGUAUUGAGUUUACAUUACGUGCCAGGUGAACUAACAUCUUGAAACAUAGGAGAAAGGGGAAGACUAUUCGCCCCUCUAGCUUGCUGUUGGCGAAUUACAUCGUGACUCUUCUGUAGCUACUCAUUUCACUGUUUUUUUCUCCAAAUGAUCUAUGACAGCCCCUGUAAAAAAGGAAGGAGUUCCCAAUUUCUAAUUGGCGCUCGCUGAUAUUAUUCCUUAACUUUCUCGCCUUAUUUUAACAUCUAUGUCUUCUGCUGUCUGGGGUCUCUGAUCACUGCCUCUGCUUUAUUAAAUUUGUUAAACGUUGCAACAUCUUAACCUGAUGACCCAUCAAUAUUCGGUCCUCAAGGGAACAGGAAUCGAGCCUAUUCUCAUUAUUUAACACGUUGAGCAAGGUUUCAACUGUGGUUCACCCACUUCAAGGACAAUGUCCCAACCCCGCAGUGUGGUGAACAGAACGGAACAGUUAUUCCAGAUGGAACCUUACUGUGUAUCUGUGCACCUGACGCUUAACGUCGACCCCUGUUGCAUUCCCAACCUCUUUGAGAGAACUUGGACUGCUUUGCUGCUCCCGCACCGCUCAGGUGCAAAUUGCGAACUUGCCAGAUUUACAUCUCUGUGCUAAGGCGAGCAAAUUCUUAACGCGGAGGAACUAAAGGCCAAAAUCAAUUGCCAUUUCAGAGCGGGAUUUUAGUGAUGUUUAUUGUUGUGGAAGCUCCCUUUUUUAAUGUCAUAGUUAGUUAAGCUUUGGUAGCUUUAUAAUGUUAUCCCAGUUUCGUUAUAAAGCAAUCCCGCGCUUUCAGUUUCUCAAUAA